AUGGACGUGCCCGUGCCGCAGGCUCGCCGGCGUGCGGCGGACCUGACCGGGCUCAAGGUUUGGCCCUGCUCCCUCCGGCUGCUACAUCACUACGAGUCGGACGUGCUGCCGCGGCUGCUGCAGCGGCGCCGCGCCUCCGGCGACGACGCGCCGCUGCGCGUCCUCGAGCUGGGCUCAGGCGUCGGCGCGCUGGGGCUCGGGAUCGCGGCGGUCGGCGGCGCCCGCGUGGUCCUCACCGACCCGGGCGUCGCCGUCAACCUCGCGGCCGACUACUCCUCCAACACCCUCGAGUGGCUCGCCGCCAACGUGGCCGAUAACGAGGCGGCGCUGCGGGAGCGGGCGCCGGCGGUGCGGCGGCUGGUGUGGGGCGACGAGGCGCACACCGCGGCGCUGCUCGCCGAGUUCGCCUCCCCCUUUGACCUCGUCGUCGGCACUCAACGCCGCUCUGCGGACGGCUGGACGAGUGCCGAGCUGCUGUACGACCCGGACCAGUACCCGGCGCUGCUGCGGGCGCUCGACGCCUUUGUGGCCGGCGGGACGCUGGCCCUGCUCGGCUUCACGCACCGGCACGAGGGCGAGCCCGCCGCCCCUCUGAGGGCGCGCUGCGGGCCGAUCGGGCGCCCUUCACGCCCAUCGGUGAGCACAGGCGAGCGGCGCUUCUUCGAGGGCGCGGCGGCGGCUGGCUUCCGCACCGCGACGCAGUGGCGGGAGGGGGAGGGGGCGGCGGAGAGGAAGAGGAAGGGACUAUGA